GUAAUCCUGUCACACCUGGCCCUAACCUGUGUUUUCCUUCUGGCCACGCUCGCUGCCGUCCGCUGGUACAUCAGAGAUUCCUACAAGGUUGAUGGUUUCAGCCAGAAACAUGUGCUCAUCACAGGCUGUGACAGCGGCUUUGGGAAUCUUCUGGCCAAACAGCUGGACCGAAAAGGUUUCCAAGUCAUGGCCGCCUGCCUCACAGAGAAAGGUGCCGCAGACUUGGCAGCGACUGCCUCCCCCAGACUGAAGGCCUUCCUGCUGGAUGUUACGGACAGCGCGAGCAUCAGGAAGGCGGUGGAGUCUGUGAGCAGAGAGGUCGGAGAGCGAGGUCUGUGGGGUCUGGUGAAUAAUGCAGGAAGAUCGACACCCAUCGGCCCAUCAGAAUGGAUGAAGUUAGAGGAUUUCACAAAGGUUUUGGAUGUGAAUCUGUUAGGAGUGAUUGACGUAACCCUCCAGUUUCUGCCUCUCUUAAAGAAAGCCCGGGGCAGAGUGGUGAAUGUAGCCAGUAUUCUGGGACGACUGUCUCUCACUGGUGGAGGAUACUGCCUGUCCAAAUGGGGAGUGGAAGCCUUUUCUGACAGCCUCAGGAGGGACAUGCAGCACUUUGGUAUUAAUGUGAGCAUCAUCGAGCCCGGUUUCUUCAAGACUAACGUGACCCGCAUUGAUCUUAUUGACGCUAACCUGAGGAGGCUGUGGUCUCGCCUCCCUCAAGAUGUGAAAGACUCAUAUGGAGCUACAUACUUUGAUGAGUAUGUGAAAGCUCAGACCUUCUCCAUGGGACUCUUGUGCAGUCCGGAUAUCUCUAAGGUGACGAGGUGCAUGGAGCACGCGCUGACCGCUCGCUUCCCACGCACACGUUACGCAGCAGGCUGGGACGCAAAGCUUUUCUGGAUCCCUUUGUCCUACCUCCCUUCAUUCAUUGCAGACUUUAUAGUCAAUGUGAUUCUCCCUUCUCCUAAACAAAAGAUGUAA